AUGAACGAGUUGAAAGAGCACUUGGAAAAGGCCCGGGCAAGGAUCCAAAAGGUCACAGGGGUCCCCAGCGAGCCUUCCCCAAAUGCUGUCGAAACAGCAUCGGUGCCAUCUACACCUACCAGUGCUUCCACAGGCACCAAGAGACGAGUUGUGAAGCGAGUGAAGAAAGUCCGGAAGACGCAGGAUGCACAGAAACCCGUGGAAAAAAAGAACAAUGAUGAAGUGAAGGUUGAAAGAAAGGACACCGCAGAAGAAUCACUGCUGGCUCUCCCCUACGAUGUUGAGAAGGCAGAGGAGGAGGCCAAGGAAGCAACGUUGGCAGCUUACUAUGCACGUGUAAGACAGCAACUUGAAGAAGGGGAUUUCUCAACAACACCAAGCUCAAGGAGUGCAGAUGCUGCUUCGCCAUGUUCUGGUCCCCCUGGACUGCAUCGUGCAGGAAGCACAAGUGAUUUCAGUGAUGUCAGCAGUGCAGGGCCAUCGGCAAGUGUGCUGGCACUUCAGGCACUUCACAGGUGCAGCACAGGGGAGCAACUCUGUAAGCAGCUCGACUUUGGUGAUGCAGAGUCUGAAAUCUCAUGGGCCUCAGUUGAAGCCAAGCGCAUCAUGCAGAAAGCAAAGGAGGAUGCAGACCAUGCAGCAAAGAUGCUAGCAGAAGCACAGCAAAUGAUGGCAAGAGCUCAACACGAGAAGGCAAAGGCAGAAGAAGCAAAAAAGGAAAAGGAUAGAGCAGAAGAUCAGGAGAGAAAGAACACCGAAGAUGCAAAGAAGGCCGCAGAGGAGAGGAAGAAGGCAGAAGAUGCAACGAAGGCAGGAGAUGAGGAGAGAAGGAAAGCAGAAGACGCAAAGAAGGCAGAAGAGGAGGAGAGAAAGAAAGUUGAAGAUGCAAAGAAGGCAGAAGAGGAGGAGAGAAAGAAAGUGGAAGAUGCAAAGAAGGCCGCAGAGGAGGAGAGAAAGAAGGCAGAAGAUGCAAAGAAGGCCGCAGAGGAGGAGAGAAAGAAGGCAGAAGAUGCAAAGAAGGCCGCAGAGGAGGAGAGAAAGAAGGCAGAAGAUGCAAAGAAGGCAGAAGAGGAGGAGAGAAGGAAAGCAGAAGAUGCAAAGAAGGCAGAAGAGGAGGAGAGAAAGAAAGUGGAAGAUGCAAAGAAGGCCGCAGAGGAGGAGAGAAAGAAUGCAGAAGAGGCAGAGAAAAAGAAAGCAGAAGAUGAGGAGAGAAAGAAGGCAGAAGAUGCAAAGAAGGCAGAACAGGAGGUGCCUGAGCCAGUUUCGAAGCGGACACAAGAGCACAAGAAGGCUGAAGAAGAGAAAAAGAAAGCGGAGGAGGCCUUGAAAGCUGCACAAGCAAAGAUGCAAGAAGCAGAGAAAGCCCUCGCAGAAGCAAACAGCAAAGAUGAAAACAAAAAACCUGGUAAGGGUGGCAAAGUUGCUGAGGGUGACCCAGAUGGUGAAGAUGAUCCGAAUCCAAGUGAUGAAAAGAACAAACAUCUAGCCGCCAAAAAGGCAGCGGCACAUGCAAGGUACAUGAGGUACUACAGGAACAUUCGCCACAAAGACACUCCCAAAGAACUUCGAUUGAUGGGCACGGAAGCAAAAAACAGUUCUUCGCUCAACGCUGUCUUAUUCGAUGCAUGGGUGCAGUGCGAGGAAGGGAACUGGUCUAAGUCUGCUUUCUACCUCAACAUCAAAACACGCCACACCAGCAAGAAGCGUGGAACCCGAAAAUGGAUGUUGAGUGAUGACAUGGACAAACUCUUUAGUGUUUCCGUUGCAGAGGCCAUGCGACAGCAUAAGGCCAGUGACAAAACGCUGUGGGAAAAGGAGACCAGGUUUCACCCAGAACUGCCAGAGAAGGAGGAGUUCAGGCAGUACCUUUGCCUCGUUGAAGAUGCUGAGGACACUGAGGUGUGCGAAGAAAUCGAAAGGCUUUUCAGCUGCAUCGACAAGGACUCGAGCAGCAGCAGCAGCAGCAGCGAGUCGAACCACAAACGGAAAAAGACUGAUGAUAAGAAGAAAACUUCGAAAGAUGAAAAGCCCAAGAAGGAAAAAAAGAAGAGUAAGGGAAAGAAGAACAAGAAGGAGAAAAAACAGAAAGAGAAAGCAGAGAAGGCAGAUAUGACGCCAGAAGAAGAGAAGGACAAACUGGUAAAGGAAGAAAAAAAACAAUUGAUGAAGGAUGCCAAGAAGGCGAUUUCUGAUGCCAGCAACAAGCUGAAGACUGCGAUUGGAUUGAUGCCAAACCUUUCGAGCGAGAAGUUCCAGGAAUCUGUGAAGUCUGACUGUGAUGAGAAACAAAAGCUUUGUGAGGUCGAGCGAUCCCUGAUCGAUGCCUGUGAUUCAGCCCGUUUGGAUCUUUCAGUUGCCAUCGAGCCCCUCAAGGCACAGCUGUGCGACUACGCAUGGCAUAUCGUUGACAAAGGGCGCAGUCGCUCGGAGUUGGGGGCCUUUGAAAAGGACAUCAGUGAGAGGAUUGAAGCACAAGGAAACACAACCGAUUUCACAGCACGAUUGGCCAGAUAUGCCACUGGUAAUGAUGCUCGAGAUUACUACCGCAACAACGCGCUUCCGGUUGUGCCAGUGUAUGUGAAAGUGCCAAUCAAGUUGGCCGACGAGUCUACGGGGGAAGAGCUCCUGCCAGUGGGGAUGCUGCUGGACAUGGGGGUGUUUGGUGACACUGCUGGUGGCUAUGUGGAACCGCUUGGAGAGGCAUUCAAGGAGUUUUCAGCAUGGAGAAGAUCUAUGAAGAUCUCAUGUUCCCAGAAAAGGUUUUCUGCAAAGUCCUUGGUCAGAGAGACCACAUACGGAUGGUUCUUGAACUGCAAGGGCUUCAACGCUAGAGUGGUCAGUGAAUGGCUGAUGUGCAAGCUCGUUGAAGUCAAUCGACUUCCUGAAUUUCAGGGUCUUGAUCCUAGAUCACAACUCUCCGAGAGUGCUUUGAGAGCUAUCAACAGAUACUUUGGCCUGACAGAGCGUGCCUCGCGACACUUGACGCUACAUGAAGCAACACAAAUUGAACGAGCUGGGCGAAACUAUUUGCUGGCGUAUCGGAGCCUGAAUAGGAUGAGCUCCUCUAUGGGUGUUCUGGCUUGGGUGCUUACCCCAAAAUGGCACGCUUUUGCGCACGUGCUCCAAGACGCAAAACGGCUUCAGCUCAAUCCACGUUUCACCCAUACUUUUGGUGAUGAGGACUUUAUGUCCCAACUAAAAAAGUGGGCCCGCAGAGGGCAUGGCAGAAGAAGGGAACAGGUUAUCUCACGGCUAAGCCGUAUGAGGUUUAAGACCUUGCGUUGGAAGCUUGGUGAGCUCAAGAACCGAGUCAGAUGA